UGUUCCCUCCCACUGUCAAUGUUGGGUCUACUGUGUUGUGUGUGCUGAUGGUGCAACUGUACAGUGAUCGCUAUUUACCUUUUGAGGAGGGUUCCACAUACACUCGCUGCUGGAUAACAAUUUGAAAUUGACGCUGGAGAUGGACAGCUAACUUGCAUAUAAAGACGAAAUGUUUAUCUUAGCUAUCAGUCACUUCUGGGACACGCAUCAUCAAAGAAACGUAGGAGGUGAUGAGAAUCAUGAAGCCAACCCGUCACCUGCUCCUGGCGCUUUGUCCCAUGGUGGUCCUGGGCUUCCUCUACUACUCCUCUGGGAGACUGCACCCCUGGGGCUGGGGACAUAAAUCACAGAAAGACCUGGAUAGUUUUUUCUCCGUGGGACGAUUAUUUCACUCAGUGUAUGACAAACAGGGAUUCUUGCUGAAGUUGGAUGGUAAUCUGCCUUUGGAGCUGAUGUACAAGUAUGGCAAUCUCAGCGAGGGAGUCUGCAAGCCUGGCUAUGCAGCUGCCAAGAUGACUGCCAUUUAUCCAAAGUUCACUAAACCAGCCCCCAUGUUCCUUGAUCCGAAUUUUAGACGAUUCACGAAAAUCAGCAAAUUCUUCCCACCUUUUGGAAUGAAAAUGCAAGAAAAGAUCAUAGAUAAUAUUCUGACAGCCACAAAGAGCUAUGGUCUGGAAGAUGAGCUGGACAGUCUAAAUUGUAAAAAGUGCGUCAUCAUGGGAAAUGGUGCUAUUCUGUCCAACAAGUCUAUGGGUGCAAGGAUUGACGAGUACAACGUAAUUGCAAGGUUGAACGAGGCCCCAGUGAGUGGCUAUGAGAAAGAUGUGGGCUCCCGGACCACUAUGCGUAUCACCUACCCAGAGGGAGCCAUCCAGAAGACUGAACGCUACGAACAGGACUCCCUCUUUGUUCUCUCUGCCUUCAAAGCUCUCGACUUCAAAUGGCUGCGGUCCAUGAUCUUUAAAGAGAGGCUGCGUAAUACAGAUGGGUUCUGGAAGUCUGUGGCCCGUCAUGUUCCCAGGGAGCCCAGUGAGAUGAGGAUCCUCAACCCUUACUUCAUCCAGGAGGCUGCCUUCAGGUUCAUUGGCCUGCCACACAACAAGGGACAGAUGGGGAGAGGGAAUAUUCCGACACUGGGGACUGUUGCCAUAACAAUGGCCCUCCAUAACUGUGAUGAGGUAGCUGUGGCUGGAUUUGGUUAUGACAUGAGUACCCCCCACGCCCCCCUACACUACUACGAGAAGAUCAGGAUGGCGGCCAUCAAACAGCCUUUUACUGCAGGGGUGCAGAGAGACAACAGGUCGGAAGAACUUUGCAUCACCUCAACAAAGCUCACCACUGGAUCCUUUCUACGAGGACAAGCCUCCACCCUGGACUGUGCAACCGUGUGUUAGUGUGUCACUGACCAUUCCUGGACUCAUAACAUUUCUAAAGAGAAGGAGUUCCUGAUUAAGCUGGUGAAGGCCGGGGUUAUACAGGACUUGACCCAUGGGAUCUGUGGCUCAGGGUGCUGAUGACAACAUCCAGCCAAUCCCAGAUCGCAGAGAGAUAUGGAGGAGAAACACAGGGGCAGCAUUGUGAAGUCCUGCUCUGUUCCCUUCAACCUAACCUUCACCGCUUGCUGAGGCAUACUGUUUUCAGGACAGAAGGCUGGUGAAGGGUUCUGAAGCUUUCCUAUCUCUGACAGAAGAUAACUGUGGUAGAUGGCAUCUUCACUGGACUUCAUUGGCGAGAUAGAACUAUACACAACACUUUAGAAUACUCUUGAACUCUGUAGAACACGGAGUUAUACUGUUCUAUUUCAUGAUUUGCUGCAGUGUGACAAUAGUUUUAAGUUUUAUUAGUCAUAUGUAUGGGAUAAACAUGGUAUACACCGUCCAACUAAAUGCUUCUCUACAGUGCAACAACAAUAAUAAAUAAUAAAUGAUAAGAAUAUGAACAUAAA